AUGGCGUCCCUGUUGCACGAACAGCUCAAGCUCUACGUCGCCAACGACGCCUACACACUCGUCGGUGAAUCUGAGAAGCCCCAAACGCUCGUCAUCAACCGUGCGACAAAUGUCAUCUCGAUCACCCGUCAGUUGCUGCUGUCUGGCCAUCGCGCUUUCGGAUUUGGUGCUCAUUCCGCUGCUUUUGGUGAUCUCUUGCAGCCUCGAGCUCGAUCCCUUCCAAGUUUGAAAAGGAACAUACCGUAUAUGGUCUCUUUGGGAUCAUUACCCUCUUGAGGUGUGAGUCAAUGUACAAUAGAGCUCGUCCUGUGGUCCUGGUGCUCAAGCCCCUCGUUGGAUCUAUUCUCUACCGCACAGCCGAUUAUCUCGUAGUCAUUACUAAACGUAAGAAGAUCGCCACCGUCCUCGGCGCGCCCGUUUACACCGCGACCGACUUCGCCGUCUUCCCCAUCGAACGUCGCUCGACCGUCGAAUUGCUCGGUCAACCCGACGAGGCCUACCUCCUCGGCCUCCUCAAAAGCCAUCUCUUCUCCGCGCCCUUCUACUUCACCUACGGCGGCUGGAAUGUGACGACGAGGUUGCAGCAGCAGCAGGAGAAUGGGACUAAUUCAAACACAAAGGCGUUCUGGGAGACCGUGAGGGUUUCAGCUCUGCUCGAGUCCACCGAAAGGAAUCACACAAUUGACCUCAUGCGGUUGCAUUUCCCCAGUCCGACGACCGCUUUUUCUGGAACCGUCACCUGCAGCGUCGUGUCAUCGAUACGAGUGCGAAUGGUAACGAUGUGAGUCGAGUUUCCACGAGAAGUUUUCUUCGGUAGGGUUUGGAGCGCUAAAUUGACCCCUUUUUCGUCUAUAGUGCAGUCGUUUCAUCCUGCCCGUCAUGCUCGGAUGUGAGUCAAAGAUCCCUUUCCUUCGACUUUCGCACGAAUCCUCACCUAACUAUCUUGCCCGUUUCCACAUCCCAGUCCUCGAAUUCAAGAAUGCGACCAUCAACGGCCGCGACUUUCUCUUUGGUCUCGUCUCGCGCCGCAACCGCUUCCGUGCCGGUACGCGUUACUUUUCCCGAGGCAUCGAUCGCGAGGGCAACGUGUCCAACUUUAAUGAGACGGAGCAGAUCGUCUUGCUCGAUUCGCAAACGGGGUCGUCGGGCGGCGUGGUCCGAGGCGAUAUCAUCUUUUCGUACGUCCAGACCCGAGGCAGCGUGCCCGUCUACUGGGCCGAGAUCAACAAUCUCAGGUAUAAGCCCGAUCUCAAAAUCAUGGAAAUGUCCAACACUGUGAGUUCUCUAGAGACGGUCGACCGAAUAUACGCGACUGACCGAUUCUUCCCCUGGGGCACAGGCCGAAUCCCUCAAGCGUCACUUUGAUACCCAAAUCGAUCUGUACGGCGACCAAUACCUCGUCAACCUCGUCAACCAAAAGGGCUACGAGAAGCCGGUCAAGGAAGCGUACGAGCGUGCGAUCGAGACGAUGGGCAACAACCGCGUGCAUUACACCUACUUUGACUUCCACCAUGAGUGCAAAGGGCUGAGGUUCGAUCGCGUCUCCGUCCUCAUCGAUUCGCUCGAUGAGCAAUUGCACAAGCAAGCGUGAGUUGGGAGGCGGUGAGGAGUUGAUUCAUUCUCACCUCACCAGACGCUGAUCAUCAAGUGCAUUUCUCAGUUACUUCCACCAUGACAAGACGAGCUCGCCGUCGCGACCUCAGUCAACUCAAACCUCGGUUGUUCGCACCAACUGCAUGGAUUGGUGAGAUACGGUGGUCCUCAUGAUCAUCAUCGACUCCAGGCUGACCCCACGCGAUCACGUCACGGAUGCAGCCUUGAUCGAACGAACGUCGUCCAAUCGGCAUUGGCCAAGUGGGUGCUCAACAACCAGCUUCGGUCGAUCGGCGUCUUGAGCCCCAAGGAGUCAAUCGAGGAGCACAAGCCUUUCCUCAAGCUGUUCCGCAACGUCUGGGCCGACAACGCCAACGCCAUCUCGCGCGCCUACUCGGGCACGGGCGCGCUCAAGACGGACUACACGCGGACGGGCAAGCGCUCCAAGGAAGGCGCGCUCCAGGACGGCGUCAAUUCGCUCGUGCGCUACAUCAAAAAUAAUUACCUCGACGGCCCGCGACAGGACGCCUACGACCUCGUUUCGGGCUCUUGGGUGCCCCGCACGGGGGAUGCGCAAACCUGGCGCGACCAACGCUCGCUCGUCGUGCGUUCGGCCCCUCUCGUCGCCUUGCUCGCGAUCGGGGCCCUCUUCCUCGCCUUGGCGGCCCCGACGCUUGUCGGCGAGUACCUCCUCUCGGCGCGCCAGUUCACGCUUCUCUCGCUGGCUGUCCUAUUCCUCGCCAUGAACUUCGUGCUCAAUCACGGCGUCGAGUACGUCUCGUACCCCAAGCUUGUCUCGCUCGACGAUAUUGUCAACUACAACGGUAAAGGGUUCGAAUCGGGACGCCACGGGCGACCGCUGAAGAAGGUGCAAGUCGUGAGUGCCGAAUCGGCGGCGAAACGCGGGGCGGCGAGUUCCUUGCGCAAGGAGGGUGUCCCCGUCACGAAUGGCGCCAAGAAAGACUAG